AUGGUGUCGCCCCAUAUCCGCGUGAUUGGAUCGUUAAACAUUGAUUACACCACUACUACGCCGCGGUUUCCAGGACCAGGUGAAACCCUGACUGCAAAAUCUCUAUCUAUCAGUGCUGGAGGCAAGGGAGCAAAUCAAGCCGUGGCAUGUGGUCGAGCUUCGUACACUAGUACAACAGAACACGAUGUGCAGAUCGAGAUGGUCGGCGCAGUGGGUGCAGAGGAUCCUCAGUAUGCCGCUUUACUCAAGCCAGUUUUGGAGAAGACAGGAAUUGAUUGCAGCGGUAUCCGAGAAGUAGAAAGGUCACAGACUGGCACUGCAACGAUUAUUGUGGAUGCAUCGAAGGAUGGGGAGAACAGAAUCCUGGUUGUGCCGGGGGCGAACUACGAUGGCAUGAACGAUGUGGAGGACGUGCUGGAACGAGCCUUGAAGGAACCAUUACCUGAAGUUUUCGUCUUGCAGGGGGAAAUACCGGCAGAAACCACGUUUGCAUUGCUAAAGGCUAUUUCUGACACAGCAGAGAAGACUGGAAAGUUGGUCGAAAUCGUGUUCAACCCGGCGCCGGUUUAUCCAGAGGGCAUACCCCUGGACUGCAUGAAAUGUGUCACACAUCUGAUUGUCAACGAGACAGAGAUGGGCCAAUUGGCUGUUGAUGCAGGCGACCAAUAUGUGGCAGCGAACACGGAAGAAGAGAAGAGAGCUGCUCUGGUCAUGGCGGCAGAGGUCUUUCAUCGAAGAAUGGUCCGCAACGUCAUAGUCACAAGAGGAGCCGAGGGUGUUUUUGGCAGCACGCCUGCUGGUCCAUUCCACCUUGAGGCCGCCAAAGUCACCAAGGUGACUGAUACAACAGCUGCUGGAGAUACGUUCGUGGGCUACUACGCUGUCGUACUGGCAAGACAAAAGAAGGAGGGGGGAAAGGGAGCCUCACAAGAUGCUCUAAACGAGGCGUGUCGCCAGGCCACAUUGGCCGCGGCAAAGUGUGUGGUAAGAGAAGGGGCUAUUGAGAGCAUUCCCUGGGGAUAUGAGAUGGAGGAACGUAGCAAGACGUGA